AUGGCGCAUCCGCCACGUUCGUUGACGCAAGAUUAUGUUUUUCGAGUAUACGAGUCGUCCUCAUCACAAAAGCUGUACCCUAUGGAAGCAGCAAUGUGCCCAGUUGUCAUGAUGGUCAGCCAUGAAGGGUUUCAAUGGAAUGACGAGCUAUUUGUUAGUCCAUACCGCCGUUGCCAUGGUGUUGGCACCACGCGUACUUUAAAAAGCUCUGAUCGUAUCCAACGAGAAGAUAAAGUAGCAUCAACAACAUCAUGUAUUCAUCACCCUGCUCCUUCUUCACGACACAAUCAACAACAGCAAAGCGACGACGAUGUUAUUGAUAUCCAAUUGACAGAAUCAGAAUGUAAUAUUUGGCCAUAA